AUGUUAAAUCUUUAAAUCUUUUGACUUUUCCCUCCUAAAACUAAAGCAAUUCUCGGCCUCACCCCGGCCUUUCAAAUUGUGGAUUAAUGAUGAGGGGAGACACUUUUUCCACCAUUUUUGUCCUAAAUCCUCCGCCUCUAAUGGCGAUCUUCUCUUGCAGAGCCACUCUCUUCAAGACCUCGCCAAUUUUCAACCACAAAACAUGCCCUAAUCUCUCCAUUUUCAGGGGCUUAGCUGCCAAUGCUCAGCAACAGAAAAAUAAAUGGAUCCCAACAUUAGGGUUUUCAAGGACACGGAUCCCUGCUUUGAAUUUUCAGAAUCGGAUCCAACGGAGCUCUGUAACAAAAAAUGAGGCUUCGGCUUUGCGCUCUGAGAAGGCAGAGGGUUUCAUAGUAGUGAAUUUUUAUCGCUUUGUUUGCAUUGAGAAUCCAGAAGAGGAGGUGACAAGGCAUCGUUUAUUCUUGCAGGGCCGUGAUAUACAAGGUCGGAUAUAUCUAAAUGAACAGGGCAUCAAUGCACAGUACAGUGGUCCAUCAGAAGAUGCAUUGGCGUACGUUGAGUGGUUAAAAGAUGACAGUCGUUUUUCUGAUAUCUUAGUCCAAACCUCACCAGCUAUGAAUGGACAUGCUUUUCCUCAACUGAAACUGCGGUAUAAACCCUCACUAGUACAGAUGGAAGGUGGCAUUUCACAUCUUCCUUUGGUUAACCCUGCAAUGAGAGCUAUCCCAUUAUCACCAUCUGAAUGGAGAAACCGAUUGGAUUCUUUGAAAAAUGUGGAAGGAUCAUCUUCUAGAGAAGAUACUGGCUCGGAUCAGAAGAGCGUCCUGCUUCUGGAUGUGAGGAAUGGCUAUGAGUGGGAUAUUGGCCAUUUCCAUGGUACUCAACGACCUGAUGUUAAUUGCUUCAGGAGCACUUUGUUUGGACUCACAGAUAUGGAGGUUAGUCCUUCAGAUCCUUUGGCUGGCAUUGAUAGGGAAGCUACAGAUAUUUUGAUGUAUUGUACGGGAGGUAUCCGCUGCGAUGUUUAUUCUACCAUGCUUAGGCAAAGGGGCUUUCAAAACUUGUACACUUUGAAAGGUGGUGUCUCACACUAUCUUGAGAAAGAGGGUCCUGCAGAGUGGGUGGGAAAUCUGUUUGUUUUUGACUCUCGCCUCUCUCUCCCCCCGUCAGCCUACAAGCCGGAGGCCAUAUCCAAUGGAUACAAUGGAAUCCCUCAUCUCAACCCAACAAAUGAAGGCAAUAAUACAUUUUUGAGGUGUCGCAUAUGUGGAUCAUUCUUAUCAGAAUACAGGCAUCGCAACUGUGCCAAUCUUGACUGCAAUCUUCUAUUCUUAUCAUGUUCAGAUUGUGUCAGAGAAUUGAAAGGGUGUUGCUCCAUGAAUUGCACAUCUGCACCUCGCCUUAGACCUGUUUUGCCUGGACAUCGGAGGUAUGAGAAGUGGCAUGUCUAUAGGGAUGCACAAUGCCCUCACAGUGCAAAGGUUUGAACUUACUUGUAUUUCAUUAUUUACCAUCCUUCCAAGAGUUCCUGAUAAUUGCUGUCAUGAAAGUUUUGCUCCUAGAGCGAGAGAGAACAAUUCUUCAACCUAUCCAACUUAUUCAUGUUGAAAAUCUAGAGUUUAUGGAAUAACAUUUGGGAGAAGGUAUGCAACCUUUAGAGGAUGUUUAGUCA